CAUCUUUUUUUCUCUUGACUAUGUGUUAUUGGUCCAUUUCAUAAAAAAUCCUCCAGUCUCCAAUGCUUCUGCACUGUGGAAAGGCUAUGCUCUGCUUGCCAUUGUUGUUUGGCAGCUGGGUAUAAUGUUAACGAUGGGCUGCACAAUCCAAGCAAUGCAAUGGUAAAUACAUUAACAUUCCCAUAGAAUGAAUACAGCUCUUGGUUCAGCAUGUUUUCCUUGUAAUUGUAUAGCAUUGUUAUGUGCCUGAAAGUUAUUUUUAUAUCAUAAAAUUGGUUUCCUGUAUAUUACAAAUUUGUGAAAGAAUUUGUUCUGAGUUGGAUAUUUUGGUACAUGGUGUACUUUGCAAAGUCAGCAAGGGUUUUCACAACAUACUUCUUGACAUUUGAGUUGAAACCAAACAAUAUCUUAAAGAGGGUUGUCACAGUUCUGUACCCAACAUUUAAUCUGAACAAGAGAGGAACCUUUGUGUAUUUUUGCUGAUCUCAUUCAGAUAUGCACUUGACUGAAAUACACACAGAACUAGGAAUGUUAAUGUGCUUGAAAACGCUCCUAUUUAAGGAAAAAACUCCAAAAGGUUUGGCCAUUGUAAAUGAGCUACUCGCCAAUUGUGCAAUGGACGCUGUGUCUGGGAAGAUUGUGGGCACAUUUGGAGUAUGGGACUAUGUGCUGUUUGCCCUCAUGCUGCUGGUAUCUGCAGCCAUUGGGGUUUACUAUGCCACUCAGGAGCGUUCCAAUGCUGACUUUCUCAUGGGCGGCCGCCAGCUCUCCCCUGUGCCCGUGUCCGUGUCCCUCACAGCGAGCUUCAUGUCUGCCAUUGCCGUGCUCGGCACCCCAGUUGAAAUCUAUCGCUACGGCAUCAGCUUCGGCUACAUGGGGCUCACCUACGUGCUCAUGGUAGUCGUGAGUGCCGAGGUCUUCCUGCCUGUCUUCUACGAGCUGGGCAUCACUAGCACAUACGAGUACUUGGAGCUGCGUUUCAAUAAAAUCAUACGUUUGUUUGGAACGGUUUUUUACAUCGUGCAAACUGUUCUUUAUACCGGAAUUGUGAUUUAUGCUCCUGCUCUGGCUCUUAAUCAGGUGACUGGAUUUAACCUAUGGGGGUCGAUUAUGGCGACAGGGAUCGUAUGCACUUUCUACACUACACUGGGUGGACUUAAGGCUGUGGUUUGGACAGACGUGUUCCAAAUCGGGGUGAUGGUGGCGGGAUAUCUGGCGGUGAUCAUCCAGGGAACAAUCCUGCAGGGUGGCUUCUCUGUCACCUGGGAGAGGUCUCAGCAGGGAGGUCGUCUCGACCCUCUGAGCUUCCAUCCCGACCCAAGGUUUCGACACACGUUUUGGUCUGUCUUGGUGGGCGGUACAUUUGUGUGGACGACCAUCUAUGGAGUCAACCAAUCUCAAGUUCAACGAUACUUGGCUUGCAAGACGCAGCGACAGGCCAAGCUAGCUCUGUACCUGAAUCUGCUGGGUUUGUGGAUAAUCCUGGCUUGCUCCGUCCUCUGCGGACUGGUUAUGUACGCGCAAUACGCCGACUGUGACCCACUCACUGCUGGGCUCGUCUCUGCCAGUGACCAGCUGAUGCCUUUCUUGGUGAUGGACAUCUUGAGUGACUUCCCAGGAGUCCCGGGCCUCUUUGUCUCCAGUGCUUUCAGUGGUACACUGAGUACAGUGUCCUCCAGCAUAAACGCACUGGCAGCUGUUACUUUGGAAGAUCUCAUCAAGCCUCGCUUCAUGAAUCUGCCCGAGAAGCGACUGUCCUUGGUCUCUAAGGGCCUCAGUGUCAGCUAUGGUGUGAUUUGCAUAGCCAUGGCAGUGGCUGCUUCAGGAAUGGGAAGCAUUUUGCAGGCGGCAUUGAUGGUGUUUGGGAUUCUGGGAGGCCCCAUGCUCGGCGUCUUCAUCUUGGGAAUUCUCUUCCCUUGCAGCAAUGACUACGGUGCUGCUGCUGGUCUGACUGCGGGAUUUCUCUUGGCGUUGUGGGUUGGAGUUGGAGCACAAUUCUAUCCUCCACCGGUUGACAAAACUCUGCCCUUACCUCUCAACACCAGUGGAUGCCUGUGGCUUAACCAGACUGACAGUUUCCUCAAUCAAACGAUCAUAACCUUGCUGGCUCCGACAUCUAAUGGGCUUCCUCCGGAUCAGCCUGCUAUAGCCAGCACUUGGUAUUCUCUGUCCUACCUUUACUACAGUGCAGUGGGGACCUUGGGAGUGGUCAUUGUGGGAAUGUUCGUCAGUGUCCUGACAGGUGGUAGGAAAGGGAAAGAAGUUAGCCCUUCCCUUCUCGUGAGGUCCUGUCUCCCGUGCAGUUGGAGGAAAUCACAUUCAGAUAUUGCAGUUGUGGAGAAAGUUGCAUCAGCUGCAGUCCCAAGUAAACCACUCGGGAAAUGUCACACAGCAAGCAUGGGUACAACCAACCCCAGUUUUGAUAUUGGUGAGGCAAUGUAAAGUAGAAGCAAGACCAGUCACUAAUGAGCUAUUAGGACUUUAGCUACAAGCUAUCAUCGGCAGUGCUUUUGGUACUGUGUCACCACCGCUGCCAAGUACACAGGGGUUCGUUCUUGUACUAUCUUUGGUUCCAAAGCACAAACUCAAAUGACAGACAAACAUACGGCAUUGUUUCAGUAAUUCAGGACUGGUGUGAUGAUUUGAAAAAUAUUAUAAAUCCGUCAUCAAUCAAUAUGCAAGUCUAGCAAGCAAUAACAAAUAAUAGUCAAUCCUUUAGACAUGAAAUUAAGUGACUAGAUUGGCAAUGGUGAGCAGCCACAGCACAACCAGCACUCACACAUUAUUCACAACACUUCGUUAUAUUGGAACAGUAUAUGGUACACUGACAUUUUAAACAACAGCCCUUCUUUUGGGCAGUGAGAUGACAAGUAUGAUAAAUUAUGAAUUUAUGUCGAAUCAGUCUACAUUUUCCUACAUCCUAAACUUUUUUUUUACGAACUUGUUUGUAUUUCAUUAGCUUGCUCUAUGUGGUGAUAUUAAAUGGUAAUUUGGAACAUUCCAGCCCGUGAUCAGUUAUUGAAUUUGAAUUAGGUUAUGACAAAGAUGCUCUGACAAUCCUGAGCUGUUUCCAUGAGAAUAUGCUCAAUUUUACUUGUACAGUGAAACCUUGGAUUGCGAGCAUAAUUCGUUCCGGAAACGUGCUCGUAAUCCAAAACACUCGUAUA